GCAGAAAGAAGAACCCAACAGACUUCUGGAACUCAGCAAGUGGACACUCCAGCUUUGACCACCCAAGAUACUACUCCUGCGCCAAAGACUGUAACUCCAUUUGUCAUUCUGAAGUCCCUGCUCACCCUGUACCCCAAGGAUGGAGCCACUGCUAGGGGUAAAAAUUGGCUGUCUGUUUGCCCUGCUGGUCCUCACUCUGCUCUGUGGCCUGAUUCCCAUCUGCUUCAAAUGGUUCAAGAUUGAUGCAGCCACAGGUCGUCACCGCCGAGUCCUCAGCCUCCUUGGCUGCAUUUCUGCCGGUGUUUUCCUGGGAGCAGGGCUUAUGCACAUGACCGCUGAAGCCCUGGAGGGAAUUGAGUCAGAGAUCCAGAGGCUCAUGGAGAAGAACAGGACGCAAAGUAAAGGAAAGCCUGAUGAUCCUGAUUCGGCGCAUAUGCAGUACCCCUAUGGAGAGCUCGUCAUCUCCCUGGGCUUCUUCUUCAUCUUCCUGUUGGAGUCGCUGGUGUUACAGUGCUGUCCCGGGACCGCUGAAGGAUCGACAGUGCAGGAGGAGGAGUGGGGUGGUGCUCAUGUCUUUCACCUCCACAGCCACGGACCUCUACCCCCGCCUUCUCAGGGUCCCCUUCGAGCCCUUGUCCUCUGGCUCUCACUAUCCUUUCACUCAGUGUUUGAAGGGCUGGCUGUGGGGCUGCAGCCCACAGUCGCAUCUACCGUGCAGCUCUGUCUUGCAGUCCUCGCUCACAAGUGGGUCGAGGUGUUCGGGGUAGGGCUGCAGCUGGUGCGGACAGGCACCCAGUCACGGUGGGCCAUGUUCUCCAUCCUGUCAUUAGCUCUCAUGUCCCCCAUGGGCCUGGCAGUAGGGCUGGCUGUGGCUCAAGGAGAUGCUGAAGGGGGCCGAGGCUUAGCCCAGGCUGUGUUAGAGGGGGUGGCAGCUGGCACCUUUCUGUAUGUUACCUUCCUAGAAAUUCUGCCCCAGGAGCUAGCUGGUUCUGAGAUCCCUCUGGCCAAGUGGGCCUGUGUAGCUGCUGGUUUUGCUUUCAUGGCUUUUAUUGCCUUGUGGGCCUGA